AUGCAGGCGCAGUUGUAUGUGAAUGGUCGCGCCGGGCUGUUGUCUCCCGCUGGCAUUCGGACAUACCGACAGAUGGGGGUGGUGGUGGCGCGGGGCCUGCUUUCGGACGAUCUUGUCGCCACGCUCGCACGUGUUUGCCGCGAUGUUGUGCAGACCCGUGGGGCCCGCGUGUUCCCUGGCAUCGAUGAUGAGCACAACGGCCGCAUAGAGUUUGACGCACGCAUGAAACCAAAACCGACGGCCAAUUUGGGUGCGCAGACUCCGCCGCCGGAAAUACAGGAGCAGUUGCGUCGUCAGGACGAGGCGCAGGCUUUGGAGCGGCGAUACCGCAAAGUGUUGCUGAAGUGCCGUAACACGCGAGAGGUGGAUCGUGUGUAUGCCAAGCUGGCGGCGGUGCGUGAGAGGUACAUGAAGUUUAAGUACGUGAAGAACUGUGUGGCAGAUGAGGAGGAGCGCAGCGGGAGGAUGAGUGAUGAGCGCAUUCAGGAAUUGGGCAGCAAGCACACAUACGAGGAUGUGAAGAAAAGUUUUGAGAGGUACAGAGACAGCGGGAAGAUGGAGAUGGAGGUGCGGCACGAGUACCACCUCGACCGGGCUCUGGAACACCUGCAGAAUUGGUCCAAGUGCUGGUGCCGCGUGUGGCCGGACUCGUUGGAGCUGCGGCGUCUUCUGCUGCCGGGGGGCGGGGCGUUGGGCGCCGUCGUUGGCGAGGCCGCCGCGGCGUUGACGGGAGAAAUUGUCAUUCGCCUUUUCGACGACGCUGUGCACGACUACCACCCUUUUUUGAACAGCACGCCGUUUCACUUCGUCGGCAACUCAACGAACUUUCGGAGUUUGAGCAGCAUGACGGUCUCUGUGGGUUUGGCCCCGCGGGCGACGCCGAUGCUCGUCAUCCCCGGCUCUCAUCACGUCAUGCGGGAGUUCACUCAUGACGGCAGUGACUUUAGCCACUAUCACGCCGGCGGUGUUUUUGAUAUGGGACGGGCGAUACGCAAGAUUGAACCGCUGCGGACGUUGCCGGUGGUGCAGCUGGAGCCACUGGAACCCGGCAGCGUUAUGUUCAUGAACCACUACACCAUAAGCGCGGUGCAGGCAACGAUGUGCGGUGUGGCCGCUGAUUACAUUCCGCCAUCGGCCCGCACAGUCAAUUGCCCGUAUCAGUACUCCAUGAACCUCAUGCCGGAUCAUUGCGUAUUUGAUGGCCUGCGGAACUCAUGGGCGUCGCGGGACUCACACGGCCCGUUGCACGGAUAUGAGCCCGGGCAGCCGCUUGAUGAUGACGCCGUAUUUCCCGUAAUUCAUAGGGCCCUUGACGUGGAAUGA